AUGGACCUAGCUAAUGAUGAAGCCCCGGACAUGGAAUCUGGCCAGUUGAUUAAACUGCAACCGGGAGAGGUUCUCUCUUGCGGUCCUGAAGGAGAGUCUAGGAUUAUUAAUAUGGAAGAUCAGGAAUAUAAGGAUGAAGAGGAGAAUUUUGAGGAAAGAAGCCCCGAAACUGAACAGACGCAAGAGCUUGCGAACAAGGAGGCUGAAAAAAAUACAGACGACAGAGGACUAACGUCAGAUGUUCCGGAUGUUAUGCAGUUGCCAGGAUUUGUUCACGAAGAUCAGACUUUAAAAGAUCUAGAACAAGAGGAUGAAGAUGUAGAAGUUACGACAACAUCCAGAGCCAAGAGGCCUAUAAGAUCACCUGAGAAAUUGGCAGCAGUGCGAAAAGCCGCUGAAAUGUCCUUUGGGUUUGAUGAGGAGUUUGAGAAAGAGAGCAGUGUGCAGGAGAAAGAAACUGCGAACGCAUCUGAUGAAGAAGUUCUUCAAGUUUCAGCAAGACGGAAAGGAAGGCCGCCAAAAUCCAAUGAUUCCACUACUGUGGUAAAUGGAAUCACUUUAUCUCGAAAGAAGGAGAGCGAUUCCUCAAAAGACAUUAAAAAAGAGGUCACUUCUGCAUCAUCAAGAAACCGAUCCCCCAGAAUUGCAGCUAAAAUGGCUGCCAGUGAAGAUGAAUCCGCCGAGGAUGACACCAAAGAGAGAAUUUUGGGUGCUAGACGGUCAAAGCCACCGCAGAGAUACAGUGAAGAAUCCCCGGUUCAAAACAAAACAGAUAAUUCAAAAACUGUCACUGUGGAAGAAAAGCGAAAACGUAGAGGUGAUGCAGAAGAAGUAAAAACUCCUCAUGCAAAGAGAAAAAGAAAUGAAGUAUCUAGUCCCACAAAAAAAGCUUCUGAGAAAAAAGAAGAGAUUGAUACAGAGGUCGCAAAAGGAAGAGGAAGAACAAGAAAGAUAAAAGAAACUGAAGAUCAGGAGGAAGACAGAGAUAAAAGAACAAAAAGACAGUCUACUGAGCCCACCGUUAAAGAAAUACCUAAUGCAAUUUUGCAUUCGCCUGGCAAAUCUAAGGAUAGUCCUCAGAAAGAAACCCGGCAGAAAAGGACAGUUAAAGAAGAAUCGGUCAAGAGUCCUAAGGCAACACCCACCCGAAGAGGCCGCCCUCCAAAAUCAGUGACUCCUGCGUUAGGUCGUAUUAAUAAGAGAGCAGUGGUUAGAAAUCCUAGACAGGAAUCAGAUAAAGAGAUGGAGACAGAUGAAAGUGAUGAAGAAGUCGAAGAACCCAUCACUCGACCCAGGCGAAGAGGCCGUCCUACUAAAUCGGCCACUAUAUUAGCAACAACCAGUGUUAGCAAAAGAAAACUCAAGGUUGCAAAAAAAGAAGUAGAAGAGGAAGAGGAGAAUGAAGAAGAAGAGGAGGAGGAAAAUGAAGAAGAAGAGGAGGACGAUGAUGACGACGAUGAAUAUUAUGAAGAAGAAGAGGAGGAAGAUGAUGUUGAGGAAUAUGUUCCACCUGGGAGUGAGAGAAAAAAGUCAAGGCAGAUAGUGUAUUCUCUUUCAGAACACAGACGGCCUAGAUCUCAGUCUGAGAUCGUAGUUGUUCCCCUGGGUAGCCGUGUGAAGCAGGAACUUGAAGAAGCGGAGGAGGACUUUAUUGACAUGGUUUCAGUGGCUCAGGGAUCAGGCGACCAUUACUCAGGUAACAUGGAUGUCAGUCAGGUGGAAGUCGUUGGUGAGAUCAUGGAAAAUUCCACAGCCGAUAACUGUAUUUCUACCCAAACUCCAAAUUUUGACGAUUUUGUGGAAGUAGAAACCAUCUUUGAAACAGCCACGCGGCGCUCUGUGCAGACGCAGACUGACCCUCGCUUAAAACGGAAGAAGUUUGGUCCGCUGAAUCACGAUGCUGGCAUUGAUGCUAUGGAUUUUGACGAUUACGACGACGAAUUACUCCAGCAGCGUAGAAGAAAAGUUGAAGAGGAUUAUGGCCUGUUUGAAGAUGGUGAACCUAGGCGAAAGUCUAUCAGGCGCAAUACAGAGGAGGCUUUGAAGUGUCCUUUCUGUGAUAAAGCUUUUAUAGGCCUGGUGAAGCACAUCAAAGGCAAGCACAGAGAUGAACACAGCUAUGAGGAAGAGAUGAGGAACGCUAAAUGGAGAGAGAGGAUUAUGAAGGUCUCCACCAUAGGUGUAGAUGAAGCGGGCGACACAUGUGGCGACUGUGGCAAAGUCACCAAGAAUAUGAAGAGACACAUGGAACUGCAUCAGCAGAACCGGAUGCAGGUGCCGUGCCCUAUUUGCUCCAAGAUUGUCUUGAAGACUGGCAUGAGCUCUCAUAUGCGUACCGUGCACUCAGGACGUAAGCCCUACAGGUGUCCUCAUUGUGAUUAUGCCUCUGCAUUCAGAGGAAACCUCAACACCCACAUUAAGGGCAUGCAUCUCCACACAAGGCAGUAUCUGUGCAACACCUGCAAGGCAGCUUUCAAGACGCUGGGGUCGCUGAUCGGCCACACCAAACGGGUGCAUGAGAACUGGAAAUCCCCCAACCAGAAGAUAUUCAUCUGCUCGGUGUGCGAGAAGAGGUUUACCAAAAAGUACCAUGUGGAUCGCCAUAUGCUCAUUCAUACGGGAGAGAAGCCUCACAAGUGUACGGACUGUGGCAGAUGCUUUAACAACAAAUCCAAUCUUAUGUCCCAUAUACAGUUGGUUCACAAGAAGUUGACCCCAUACCUGUGUGACUUGUGCCACGAGACCUUUAAACGCAAGAAGAUGCUCCUGGAGCAUAUUGGUAAGAUUCACGUGGCCCACGGUGAAUCGGCCAAGGCUAUGCAAGCUUACAUCAGGAAGAUUGAGGAAGGCGAGGAUGAUGAUGAUGAAUAUGCACAUCAUUCCAUAACCAUUGCUCCUUCAGGCUCGUCGCAUCAUGAUGCUGAUGAUGGGACGACAACGACGGUGUAUCAGGUCUCCGAUGGCACAUACGAGGCCAUGGUAGCUGAUGCUGCUCACAUGCUGGAUGGCCAGACUUACACCACUUUACAGACUGAAGGAGGAGAGGAGACAAUCAUUAUCGUCCAAGCUGCCGACCCCCAUGAGGUCACCCAUGCCAUUGUGGAACAGAAUGGCUCUGUCCAGUACACAUUGUAG